AAAUUUUCAAAUGUAUUCGAAUGAUUUCUAAUUUGCAAAUUUUCAAUUUCAAACAUCGUGUUUCAGCGUAGCAACGCGCAAUUUCAGCAAAUUUUCUAGUGGUGUACAUCCCCUCCACAGACCUCUUCCUCGUGUAGCUGUAGCUUCAAAGAGACGUUAGAAGCAUGAGUAAACUUUUUGAAAGAAUUCUCGGAAAUUAUGCAGUAAAAAGAAAAGCUCAUGCAUAUCUAACAAAAAUACUGCCACCCAUUCCUACCAUUUUAAUAAUAAUAGGGACCAGUAUGAGCACGAGUAGUAGUAUCAAUGUGACUUCAAGUAUCGAUGCGUCCGCUAGGAUGGUUUGGUUGGAUAUGGAGUUGACAGGAUUAGAUUUAGAAAAAGACACCAUCAUGGAGAUCGCUUGUGUUAUCACUGAAGGAAAUCUGAGUUUUGUCGCUCAAGCUCCAACAUUCAUCAUUCAUCAACCCAAAGAAGUCUUGGACCAGAUGGGACCCUGGUGUCAACAACAACACGCCAAAACUGGUUUAAUUGAUGAAUGUUUGAAAAGCAGUACUACGGUUCAAGAAGCUGAUGAACAACUGUAUAACUUCGUCAAGAAAUACGUGCCAGAAGGGAAAGGUUGUGUCGCUGGUAAUUCGGUGUAUAUGGACAAAUGGUUUGUUAUCAAAUAUUUGCCUAAAUUGAAUUCACAUUUACACUAUAGACUGAUAGACGUUUCUACCUUGAAAGAAUUAUGCAGGAAAUGGCGAACUGAAGAUUUUAAAAAAAUUCCGGAGAAAGCUUAUACUCAUAGAGCGUUAGAUGAUAUUAUGGAGAGCAUAGAUGAAUUGAAGCAUUAUAAGAAAAUUUUAUUUGAUGAAUAACGGCGAAGAAAAUUGUGAGACUGUCGAGAUGCUGUGAUAAUAAAAUACAAUAAUUCUGGAAAUUCAUUGUCAAACGAGUAUACAUCUAAGCCCAGUUUAUGAAGAUUGAAAGUCUUGUUUCAAUCCCGUAUCAACUGUGUGCAGUGUUUUCGUAUUGUAAUUUUAAAUAUUGAAACUCUAAUGUCAUCUUGUUGGCUCUAGAGUUUAGUUGAUGAGUCCCAAUUAAAAUAUUUGAGCAACUGGA